UUUUAUAAAAAAAAACCCAUUUAGGUUUUCUCUUCAAAUACUUCCCCCAUUCUCAUUAUCCAAUUUCCGAACCCUAAAUCACUAAAUCCUCUCAAUUUCUCUGCCAAUAUCAUCAUUCCACCACUCUAGGCUCUCGAUCGGUCGAUCAAUAGCAUCAGACAAUGAGUACCCAGGGACAACAAGUUAUGAAGUAUGCAAGAAACGUUAGGCGAAGGAAAGGCGUGCUGGAUCUUAACGUUCCUCCAGUUGAAAGCCUUGAGCAAGCCCUUUCAGUGGAUGACGGUGUUCAAGGUUUAUUAUCAUUAUCUGCUACUCCAGUGAUUCCUAGUGGUCAUGUUCAUCAGCCAGCUGGAUCCACACUACCUGCAGCAAUUGACGUUGAAGAAUUGGAUGAUGAAGUCAUCAUAUCAUCGCCCACAGCAUUUGAAGAAGCUAAAAAGAAAUCACGGAGAAGGACAGUGAUUGAUGUCGAUGCAGCAGAAGAAGUUGCUAUUGCGAUUGGUAUUAACCAGGCGAACAAGCGUAGAAGAGGUCAUCCAGAUCCAUCAACCAUCAAUUGUGAACUCUACGUGAAUUUGGAAGGAAGUAGUGGCUCUAUGUGGCAGAAGGAUAGAGCACAGUACAUUGCACCACCGCCACCGCCGCCACCACCACCACCAAAGGAACCGACGUUCAGCUGUCCUGUUUGUAUGGGUUCAUUGGUUGAGGAAGUGACCACAAAGUGUGGUCACAUCUUUUGCAAGGCGUGUAUCACGGCCGCAAUAAAAGCUCAGCAUAAAUGCCCCACAUGUAGGCAGAAACUUACGACCAAAAAUCUUAUUAGGGUUUACCUCCCUACCACCAAGUGAAUUCAAGGACAUUUGUUAUAGGUUGCUUGUGGUAAGGGGGUAGAAGGAAGGAUAUAUGCAGGUAGGAAAGGAGUCUGAACUAAUUGAAUGAUAUUAUGGACCACAAUUGUGUUGUAUCUUGUCACCUCAGGGUGCUUGAUCUUCUUAUGUGUGAACCCUUAUGGCAGUUCAUUGGUCUUGUUUUCUUUUCUUUUCUUUUCUUUUUUAUAAUAUUUUGGUGGGUUGUAAA